GCACGGUCGUGGCCAUCACCCAAGCGGCACGAACCUUGGAACAUCAUGAUUCAUUCAUACAGUCCACCGCCCCCGACAGGCACAGGCAUAGGCACAGCUCACAGUCUGCUUUCUGGAAUCGCGACGCGCGCCUCGGUCCUGCAUCCUGCCUCCUGCCUCCUGCCUCCUGGGGGGCCCAUCACCGCGCCCAGAUUCGUCCAGCCAGCCGACCAGGCCCCAAUCGAAGAUGCACCACAGUACUCCGUGCCCGCCUACCUAGGUACCUAGGUACCUAGGUACCUAGGUAUGUAGUGUAGAAAAGGUAGACAAGCUGGCUCGCCUGUGCCGAGCAGCCCGGCGCCCCCAGCAUGGGUCCUUUGGUAAGUGGACGGUUAUCACGCAAGAGCUACUGUGGCACUUCCAAGGUUUUUCCAACAGGAGCAACAACGGCCUGUGGCUACACCAGCCCCCCGGCGUUGCACCCCGCUGCAGCCCAUACUACUAUGGCAUAUAGCACCUACCUAGGUGGGUAGGUACCUAGGUACAUGCGCGGUACCUCGUCGCGCUCAGGGUCCCGGCAUCUGAGCAUUUAUCUUUCUUUGUUGCGCACCCAGCACGCGGAGCAAUUGACUUGGACUACCUGCCUUUGCUGCUUCUCUUGCCUGCAUCUGGAAGGGGUCCCCUUCUCCUCCUGUGUCCUGGGAUCCUCACACUUGACUCAAGACCGCCAGUGCCGAGUACGCCCAUCGAUCUGACUUCUCAAUCUCCCACCCUCUCUCCGUAAUCUCCACCGCCUCUCCCGGCGCCAACCCGUUCACGUUUCUACACUACGGCUUCCACCCUUCCAUCCACCAUCCCGUCCCACCCAUCGCUGACCUGGUCCUCCUGGUCCUCCUGGACAACCCCCCCCCCGGUCCCCUGCUCUUCUCUGACAAUCUCGACCCCCGGCCGCCCUAUGAUUCAUCAGCCCGUCCUCCCGCUAUCUAAGUACAAUCUGACGCGGCAGAGAUCCAAUUUAUUUUGAUAUCAGAUCUCUUACACGCACUAUCUCUUCCCAAGCUCCACCACCCUCCCCUUUCACCAUGGGGAGCUGAGCGUCGACAAUAUCUAGUGCUCGUGCUCGCACCUACAUCUAUCUCCCCUUUCUGUCGAACGAGACACUGCGCCGCCUGUUUCUUCUUAUUCACACUCUUAGCCAGCUAUCGUCUGGGCAUCGUGCCUGCGAACGAGCUGUCGUUGUCCAACACCUUCUCAGAAGACCACUCUUCUGCCAACUCCUGACGAUAUAUACAAAUAACAACACCAAACCGGUCGCGCCUCCCAAGGCAAGUCUACGGUCCAUUAAACCGAACGCGUAUCAAACAACAGUCAUCUUUACCACCGUCCAAAAUGACGGGCCCUGUACAUAACAGCGCUGUGUUCAUCCUGGGACAAGAGCAGCAUGCGCCCGUUGUUCCUCCGCUCUCACCUCCGUCCCCGGUCACGCCCAGCAACGGCCCCGAGCUGUGCAUGCCCAUCGAAGAGCUCACCCUGGACAACGACAUCAUCCUUGCUGGUCCGGCCUCUCCUUCCCCCCCAGAGACACCAUUCACCCCCAGAACCUCGGAAUUCGACGGCCAGUCCUCCUCUUCAGAGCUCUUUGAUGAUAGGCUCGCCAGCGCAAUUCACGUCCUGAACACGGAAGCCACCUCUCUCGCCUCUCUCACCCACCUCUACUCCAGUGAUUCCGUGGCCCGGGUCGCCUUCAAUUCCGCCGUCGACAUCAUCACCUCCCGGCAGAGGGCGCCGUCACGUGGCAAGCUCGUCAUCAUCGGUGUUGGCAAGUCCGGCCACAUCGCGCGAAAACUCGUCGCUACCUUCAACUCACUCUCCAUCCACGCCUCCUUCCUGCAUCCUACCGAGGCCCUCCAUGGCGACCUCGGCCACGUUGGUGACGAUGACACUCUCAUGCUCAUCACCUUCUCCGGCAAGACACCCGAGCUGAGCCUUCUCAUGCCGCAUUUGGACGCGAGGCUUCCCCUGGUUGUCCUCACUGGCAAGACUCUCGACGCACCCGUCGUGCUAGAGAGAGAAAAGCAGGCCUCUGCCCCGACGAUCCUGCUGCCCGCGCCGAUUCAUGAGAGCGAGACUGUGAGCUUUGGCGUCUCUGCCCCUACCACGAGCACCACCAUGGCGCUGGCUGUUGGCGACGCGCUCGCCCUCACAUGCGCGCGGGAGCUCAACCCCAUGGCUGGCGGUGUGGCUGCCAUCUUCGGCAGCAACCAUCCCGGCGGCGCCAUCGGCGCGACGUACAAGAAGCCCCAGACGGUCCGCGACGUGAUGGUCCCCUAUGAGGACAUCACCUGCCUGUCAGGGUCGCAAGUCCAGGUGGGCGGAGACGUCCUGAAGGCGGCGUACGUGUGCAAGACGGGCUGGCUGCGCGUGGGUGAGGACGCCGUCGUCAGCCCCUGCAGGAUACGUCGGAUGAGCUCCGCCGAGCUCGCCAUGGGCCUGUCGCAGAUGCCCUGGCUAGCUGUCUCGCGGGCUGCCUUCGUCUCGCUCGGGGCCGCGACGCCGCUCAAGGACGCGGGCGACUGGCUCCGCGCAAACAUGGAGAAGCCUCGCGACUUGCUUGAGGACGAGGAUGUCUGCACCCCAGAGUCAAUUGUUGCGGUGCUGGAUGACGGCGAUAUCGUUGGCGUGAUGGAGGCGUCCGCCGUUCUUGAGGCAGCUUUGUGACAACCAAUGAGUCAUCACUCACCGUCAACGAAGUAAUGAGGACGCUGUUUGGGAACAUGAUUUUCUGGUCAUUUGGGGGCCGGGGCGGCAUUGGCAUCGCGAGCACACACACCACUUCGUCCUUCAGGGGUUACGCGGGACGGCAUUCAGUGAGAAAACAUUUGCAAAAUUAAGGGCUCGGUCUACCGGCCCUAGAUCACACUUCAUCAGUAUUGCGAGCGAACGCAUCAUUUCUUCUGUUUCCUUGGUGUGGGCGUUUUUCUCUGUGCAGAGACGGUUCGGAUUGGGUUUUUUGGGGGGAUACCAUAGCAUGUACGCGUCCCAAAGAAGGACUGCGAAAGAUUCCAUGUAUCAUCGAUUAGGCGAGAUCUAAACGACGGUUAGAAUUCGCGGAUUGGAUAUCUGCGUGGCUCACUCGUGCGUCCCUUUCGAGGCCAUCAUUCAGUGCGGAUGAGACUAAAUGGAGGACUAACCGCUGGUGUUCCACCGCAUUCCACAUUCCAACUGAUAUCUAUGGCACGUGGGACUUGUAUAUUAAAAUCAAACUCAGCCACGAGGGAAAUGUUCGUGCCAAUACAGUCAACUGAUGCCAUGUA